AUGCUCGAGCUGCUGGAGCAGCUCGACGUGCUGGAGAAGUCGGCAAACCUCUCGGCGAGCAUCCGCGACGUCCAGAACGCCAUCGAUGUGCUCUCUGCAGCUCGGGACAAGAUCGCUGCAGACCCGCAGACGGCACCAUUGACCCUUGCGAAGCUCCAAGACCCCGUCAAGAGGAGUCUUGAGCAGGCGCAGAAGGACAUCAAGCCCAUCUACUCGGGCCUGAACAAAUAUGGCAAGGCUCUGGACAAGAAGUUCAAAGACAAGCCCAUCCCGCCCGCCUCCAACGAUGCUCUUUCCUCGCACCCGCAGCUCGUCAACCGCGCCAUCUCCAUGCACCUCCUCCGCGAGGGCGAGUUCUCGGUAGCCUCCACCUUCAUCCAAGAAGCCCACCGCCAUCCCCCUCGGCCUGAACCCACCGCGAGUACACCGAACCCUUCGAUGAACGACUCCUGGGAAGCAGACUUGGCAGAAGAAUCCUUCAACUCGGAGAAGCUUCAGGAACAGUUUCAGGACAUGUACCUCAUCCUACACGACCUCCGCCAGGAGAGGAAUCUGAAGCCGGCGAUACGGUGGGCACGAGAGCGCAGCGAUCUGCUGGAAGCACGCGGGAGCAACUUGGAGUUUGAGCUGUGCAGACUGCAGUUCGUGUGUCUGUUUGUGGGACAAAAGCUCGAUGCCGACGACGAUGAGCCCAUGGAAGAAGAUCCCCAAGGGCCGCUCGCGGCAUACGAAUACGCGCGGCGUGAGUUCGGCCAUUUCAGAGGGAGAUAUGCAAAUGAGAUCCAACAGCUCAUUGGUGCCAUGGCAUACUGGCAGAACGUCGAGGAUUCGCCAUAUCGGAGGUACUUCUACAACAGCACGGCUUGGGAAGAAGUCGCCACUUCUUUUACUCGCGAGUUUUGCUCUCUGCUCGGGCUCUCGGCUGACUCACCGCUGUACAUCGCUGCUACGGCUGGCGCCAUCGCCCUGCCCCAUUUGCUGAAGCUGCAAAACAUCAUGGAGAAGACACGCACAGAAUGGACAACGCAGAAUGAGCUCCCAGUCGAGAUCCCUCUGCCGCCAACCUACCACUUCCACUCCAUCUUCGUCUGCCCGGUCUCCAAGGAGCAAUCUACCGACGCUAACCCUCCCAUGAUGAUGCCAUGCGGCCAUGUAAUAGCACAAGAAUCCCUCGACCGCAUUUCCAAGGGCACACGCUUCAAGUGCCCCUACUGUCCUAUGGAGAGCCACCCCCGCGAUGCAAGGAAAGUACGAUUAUAGCAUUUUUGUGGCGAGAGACACGUCGUGAGACAAUUUUGUGAAGCUGUAAAGGACAAGGGGGGUGGCGUGUUCUGAGGCCCAUGGAUGUAGCAGCCCUGGGGAUGUUGCAUAACCGGACCUUCGGAAUGCUGUUGGACGAUGACAGCAGUAAUCCAUGGGAACCU